UGGGUGGACAGUGGAAGUAGUAGCCUUAUCCGUUUCCCUCCCAUGAAAAUUAGAAAAAGCCUUACCACAAAUUGAACCCCAAACUGAUGCAUUCUUGCAAAACAUGGUUGAGACUAUCAUGAAUUUCACCUUUUCUAAACCAAUCUCUCUUCAUCGCCCAUCUCUUUACCCACUGCCUAUACAUUCUAACAUUAUUAACAUUUACUCUACUAAUUUGCUGUUUAAACCAUGUUCUAUCUCCAAAUUCGACUCCGGGUUAUGUCACCAGGUUAAAAAGCAUGGAAGGGGAAAUGUUGGAAAAGUAAAUGCAUUACCAGAUUGGCCCCUAAUGGCAGUCCUGGUUGAGCAUAUUGAAGGACAAAGGGAUCUGGUUACCAACAAAUCAAUUUGGCACCUUAGUGAUGAGGCCAUCAAGAAUGUUUACACUUUCUACAUCAUGUUCACUUGUUGGGGUUGUUGUUUCUUUGGUGCCACUAAGGAUCCAUAUUACGAUUCAGAACAAUACAGGGGAGAUGGAGGAGAUGGAACUGGACAUUGGGUCUAUGAGAAGCAAGAAGACAUAGAAGAAUCAGCAAGAGCAGAAUUAUGGCGUGAAGAGCUAAUUGAAGAAAUUGAGCAAAAGGUUGGUGGUUUGAGAGAGCUGGAGGAUGCUGCUCGCAAAGAAGAGCUUGUUAAAUAAAUUAUGUCCAUAUUUUUCUUCAUUUCUCACAAAUGACAUUGCAUGUGUAGUAUGCAUACUAGAUAAUACCCAUGUCCUACAUGCUUUUAUUUGUACGUAUUCUAUUUAUUUCAUUUGUACGUAUUCUAUAUAUUCCAUUUGUAAGUAUUCUAUUUA